UAAUUAUUCGUUAAAAGUAAAACGUUUCAAAAAAUUUUUUUUUCACAAUUAAAGCGUUUUUUUUCGCUGUUUAACCGUAAAAUUAAUUACACAUUUCAGUUUACAUUCAAAAAAUAAAAAAAAAUCGGAAGUAUUGGUCUAACACUGGAGUAGAAGUUAUGAGUUACAUUUUAUACUGAAAGGAGAAAAGUUGUUGAGCACUAAAAAUGUCAUUUAAAUACAAAAUAAAUGAAGAUGAAACGAAAAAUAUUGAAAACGAAACGGCCAGUACUGAAAAUUAUAAUUAUCGCAAUCCUGAAUUUAUAACAGAUUCCAAUCAAUCGUUAUCCACCAAAGAUGUCUUAUCAUCUAAUGAAGAAAAGCCGAAUGAUCAAAAUAAUACUAAUCAAAUUAAAGAAGAAACGCCAAAGGUAUCAAAACCAAGUGAUCCGCAACUUUGGAGAGAUUUAUUGGCAUUUUGGUUUUUGGGUUUAUGCAAUAAUUAUGGUUAUGUUGUAAUGUUAAGCGCUGCUCACGAUAUAAUUGGAAAAUUUGAUGACAACCAUAAACAGCCUGAAGAAAAAAAUGAUCGUGAUUGUCAAAUAAUGUCAACUGGGGCCAUUCUUUUAGCAGAUAUUAUUCCGUCUUUAAUGAUAAAAUUACUGGUUCCAUUUUUACCAUUUUGGGUUAAUGUACGGGUUAUUAUUGCAAAUUUAUUGACAGCCGCUGGAUUUUUACUAGUUGGUUACUCUGAAAAUCAAUGGAUUACAUUAAUAGGUGUUAUAUGUACUUCGUUAUCUUCUGGAUUAGGUGAAGCCACAUUUUUAGGUUAUUCAUCACGUUUUAAUAGAAAUGUUGUAUCAACUUGGUCAUCAGGUACUGGUAGUGCUGGAGUUGGUGGAUCAUUAACGUAUGCUGCUUUAAGAUCAGUUGGUGUUAGUUCAUUAGUAACAAUGCUAAUAUUAUUAAUAGUUCCUGUGAUAGAAUGCAUUGCAUUUUGGAUAAUAUUAAGAAAACCAGAAAAAUCUUUAACUGGUCAUAAUAUUAACAACUGUAACAACGAAAAGGAUUGUCAAGUUGAAAAAGAUGCUCAACAAUUGAAUGUAAAUAAUCCUGAUGAAAUGCCAUUGAAAACAUUAAAAGAGAAAUUGCGCUAUAUGUUUAGUUUAUUAAAAUACAUGAUUCCUUUGGGUGUGGUUUAUGUAGCCGAAUAUUUUAUAAAUCAAGGUUUAUUUGAACUCGUUUAUUUCAAAAAUGCAUCAUUUGAUAAGAAAACUCAAUAUCGUUGGUUGAAUGUUGUUUAUCAAAUUGGUGUUUUAAUUUCGCGUUCUUCAGUUAAUUUAUUGACAAUUGAUAAAUUAUGGAUAUUCCCAAUAUUGCAGUUAAUAAAUGUGGCAUAUUUUCUUACAGAAGUUAUAUUAUAUAUUACGCCAACAAUAUGGAUUGUUUUCGGAAUUGUGUUAUUUGAAGGACUCUUAGGUGGUGGAGCUUAUGUUAAUACAUUUUACAAAAUUUCUAAAAAAGUUCCUGAAGCUCGAAGACAAUUUGCUUUAAGUUUUGUUUCAAUAUCUGAUGCAGCUGGUAUCACUUUAGCAGGAUUUAUUGCCAUACCAGUUCAUAAUGCUAUUUGUAAUAUACCCGCGCCUAAUAGACUAUAAUUUUGGUAGUACCUAAGCAAUAAUUAACAAUAGUUAAGUUAAAGUAUGUAGAUCAAUUUAAUAUACAUAAAUGUAUAUACAUUUUUAAGUAUUAUUGUAU